UAUGCAUAUGCAGCUGACUAAAGCAGGCUACAUGCUGGACUGUAACAGAGAGGAAACAAUAAAUCUUAGCUACUAUGCAAUAAAUAUUCCCAAUUUUAACUAAGGAAGCUAUCCUCACAGUGAAAUUAAAAAAAAACAAACCAGUUUAUCCAAGCUUGAUUGUUAAAGUGCUGCUCCACUCUUUUUUCCAAAGACUUUAAGGGAAAUUAAGAACAAAUUUAAAGAAAGAGGAAGAAAAAGUUUUUCUUAAAGCAGGAAAGGAAAGUAAUAAUAACAUGUCAGUUUUCUUUUCCUUUGCUUUCCUGGCAGUGAUUCUUGCUCUUGUAGGCUGUACUAACCAGCGCCGGGGUCCAGAAGCCAGUGGGAGAAGAUUUAACCGGGUUCAGCACGGGCAGUGCACCUAUACUUUCAUUCUGCCAGAACAGGAUGGGAACUGUCGUGAAAGCACGACAGACCAGUACAACACAAAUGCUCUUCAGAGAGAUGCUCCUCACGUGGAACAGGAUUUCUCUUCCCAGAAACUGCAACAUCUGGAACAUGUGAUGGAAAAUUACACUCAGUGGCUGCAAAAACUUGAGAACUACAUUGUGGAAAACAUGAAAUCAGAGAUGGUGCAGCUGCAGCAGAACGCUGUGCAGAACCACACUGCUACCAUGCUCGAGAUAGGGACCAGCCUCCUCAGCCAGACAGCAGAGCAGACAAGAAAACUCACGGAUGUUGAAACCCAGGUGCUAAAUCAAACAUCCAGGCUUGAAAUUCAGCUACUGGAAAAUUCCCUGUCAACAUACAAGCUGGAAAAACAGCUGCUACAACAGACACACGAAAUCCUAAAAAUUCAUGAGAAAAACAGUUUACUUGAGCAUAGAAUUCUUGAAAUGGAAGAAAGGCACAAGGAGGAGCUGGCCACUUUGAAGGAGGAAAAAGAGAACCUGCAAAGCUUAGUCACACGACAAAGCUACAUAAUCCAGGAACUAGAGAAGCAGUUAAACAAGGCAACAAGCAAUAACAGUGUCCUGCAGAAACAGCAGCUUGAAUUGAUGGACACAGUUCACACCCUGAUCACCCUCUGCUCCAAGGAAGGAGUUUUACUAAAGAAUGCAAAAAAGGAAGAAGAAAAGCCAUUCAGAGACUGUGCAGAUGUAUACCAAUCUGGUUUUAACAAAAGUGGGGUCUACACUAUUUAUAUUAACAAUGUGUCAGAUCCUAAAAAGGUCUUUUGCAACAUGGAAAUUGCUGGAGGAGGAUGGACAGUUAUACAACACCGAGAAGAUGGAAGUCUGGAUUUUCAGAAAAGCUGGAAAGAGUACAAAAUGGGUUUUGGUAGCCCAUCAGGUGAACAUUGGCUGGGAAAUGAAUUUAUCUUUGCAAUAACAAGUCAGAGGCAAUAUUCUCUAAGAAUUGAAUUAAUGGACUGGGAAGGAAACCGGGCAUAUUCACAAUAUGACAGAUUUCACAUAGGAAAUGAAAAACAGAAUUACAGGCUUUAUUUAAAAGGUCACAGUGGUACUGCUGGAAAACAGAGUAGCCUGAUUUUGCAUGGUGCUGAAUUCAGCACAAAAGAUGCUGACAAUGACAACUGCAUGUGUAAAUGUGCUCUCAUGUUGACUGGAGGGUGGUGGUUUGAUGCUUGUGGCCCCUCCAAUCUCAAUGGGAUGUUCUACACAGCUGGACAGAACCACGGAAAGCUCAAUGGCAUCAAAUGGCAUUACUUCAAAGGCCCCAGCUACUCCUUGCGCUCCACCACCAUGAUGAUUCGGCCUUUGGACUUUUAAAGGAAUCCACAGUGGAUCCCAGGAGAAGCCAGGCUGGCCCUGCCCUCAGCAGCAGCUCUAUCACAGUCUGAAGGUAAAAGGCGAAGGGCUUGUUGAAAGCAACGCGUAGGGAUGACGCAAAGUCGCUUCGCUGCCACUCCAUAACCUGCAAACAUUUCCCAACAGUCACCCCGUGCUUUGAUUACUACAGAGAGCUUUGUUUAGAAGAAGGUGGCUGAAAUUAUUUUCUAAAGAACUGGAUUUGGCUAUUCUACCCAAACUUGGUGCUUGCCAGUGGAUUUUUCUUUUUUUAUUCAGCAACAGGAUCACAGUUUGAAGAACUGAAACAUGUCAGCCAUGGUCUAUUGAGUAGAAUGCUAUUCAGCAGUGAAAUGACAACAUUAUACCCAUGAAAAAGGAUUACAGAGACACUUUCAUUAAAACUUGUCUUAAAGCAUCCAAGUGACCACUAAAAAUAUUGUUUUUCUUAAAUGAACUGAAUUUGAAUAGUGGAUGGAUUAAUGUUAAUCCCAGAUAAAAGUUAUUUGUGCAAAUAUUAUUUUUCAUUAAAUACUUACGGACAGGUUUCUAAUUAAUAAACUGAGUCAAACAUAUGAAUAAUGAUAAGGAUAAUAAGCAUAAAUUCCUCAGUUGCUCUAUAGAGGUAAAUCAGGUAAUUGGCAUAAUCCCUGAGCUAGGAUUUAUAGUGUGAUAACAAAAGUAGCUGUGUUUUUAGACUUUUACUUUCUUUCAUUAAAGGCAGUCUGAAUGUCAUGUAGAAUAAUUAAUGGAAGGUUUAAAGAAUGUGAAAUAUUAUCCAAGAAAAAAUACAGGAAUUUGCAUGGACUUUUUCCACCAAAAGAAUUCAGGAAGGCAAACUCUUAGGGUAUAAAAAAAUUAAAUAAAUGCAUAGCUUAAGGCAAUGGAUUAAUUUUACAUUAUCCUUGCAUGUGCACAAUUUAUCCUUAAUUAUUUUACUUUUUUAUUACAUUUUUGUGAAUAUCAGAAGCAUGCCAAUUCUACACAGUGCUUAGGCAACAACUAUAAAAAAAUACUCAUCAGAACUGUAUAAAAAAUAAAGAAGUGUUAACUUGUAAAUAUCAUGUUUAUAUUUCCUGCAACAGUCAUUUAUUUUGUACAGGUAACCCUGAACCAAUGCAAAGGGUGAAAAGCCUCAAAAGGAUAUAUAUAUAUUAAAUAGCAUUUGAUGACUGCUUACAGAUUGAUAACAAGUAAUUUUGUUCUAUUAAAAUGGUGCAGAAGUGUGGUACUAUUGUAAAAGUCUUUUAAUAACAAGCAAUUAAGUCAUGGGUGGCCUAUGAGGGUAUAGAGACAACUCUUUCCAUUUACAGCCAUUUUGAUUAAGUCCCAUGAAUGAAGUCCAUUUGGGAAAGUAGUUUGCAGACAUUCUACUUCUGCUAGAAAUGAAAUGAAAAAGUCUCCCCUGCUCCCACUGAAAUCAAAAAUAACAUUCUCAAUUAAAUUGGGACCAACAUGGCCCACAGAAUCUGCAUGUGGUGAGGUGUUUGCUCAUCUCUUUUUGCUUUGUUCCAUUUAUUAAAUUGUUCCUGAGAUAAGGGACAACAAGGAUCUGUUUUUAUUUAAAGGGUAAUGAUAAGUUUUUUCCCCUUACUUUUUCACUUCCCCUCCCCCCCCCCCACCCCCCCCAUUUAGCAGUUUAUUUCUAUGGAAUAGAGGAAAAAGUACUCAGAUAUUUUUAAACACCUCUUCCUAAAAAUCACAAGGUCAUAGUACCACUGAGGGCUAUUGCAGCUCCUAAGGGUUCUCUGAUUUUGUUACAAUUUCAUGUUUGUUUCAUUUUAAGUGGGAAGUUUUGUGGGUUUUUUGUGUAGUUGUAUAUAUUUAUAUAUAUAUUUGAAAUAAUCUUGACUAAGGGUUAAUUUGAAGUUUUCUGCUGAAUAAGUUACCAAACUACUCUUUACUCAGCACUUUCUUCACAGACAUGUUUUGGCCCAGUUUCCAGCAGGUUUUUUUUAAUGGUCCUCAUUAAUGUGCAAAAUAUCCAGUCUGUCUGCCACCAUAUUCUCGAAAGAUAGAGUUUUGCAGGUCUCCAAGUUAAGAAUGCCUUUUUUGCAGAUCCUAUUGCAAAACGCAAAACAUGUUUAAAAUUAAAAGCAUGAUAUUUACUGUUUAUUUAUCUGGGUUUGAAAAAAAUG